ACUUUUCGCCGAUGAAUUGCACCAUACAGAUGUCGAUCGCGUGUUAUCACGGUCUACAGCAAGAGAGGGAUAGACGGGAAGAGCUGUAGAAGUUGAAAGAUCGCAGCGGCGUUAAACGACACGUGCGAUAAUUAUGUUUAACGGAUCUUGAGACACCGAAGAUAUAAUUGAAACGGAUAUCGACGAAGCACGCUUGAUCGCGCGAGGGUGGUGAGUAGCCACCCCGGGCGAGCGUUGUAGGGCGGCGGGUGCGGGUGGGGGAGAAACGCGGUGCCGCGACGCGUCGUGCGAUCAAGGAGGGAGCGGGUGGAGGACUCCGGCGCACGUCGGGGAGCAUAAAAGACGUGAGAGGGAAAGAUCGCACGUAGUACACACACGUACGAUGCUCGUGCGGGGCGCGAGGCGGCCGGAACGCUGCAGCGGCGACAGUGAGAUACGGCCGAGUUGCAGCCGCAGGGUGUGAAAUACACGUAACGCACACCGGACCCGGUGUCGAGUCGACGAUCAGCACGAUCGCGAGGACUCGGAGGGAUCGAGAACCGUCGUGACAACAACGGGUUUUCGCGCUCGAAUCGAUAAUUCGAGCGCGAUCAGACAACGUGGCGACAAGAGCCUCCUCACGCUCCUUCCCUCGUUCAAGGACUUGGACGUGUUUCACCGAACGGGGCAGUGCGACUUCUGUCUCUCCUAUCUCCCGCGUCGGAUUACGGAUCUGCGUUGAAGUGAUAAGGACCUAGCGACGAGCGAGCGCACCACCAUCCCCAUCGUUAUCGCUACCUAUAUUCAUCGCGAAUCGACGUAUACUCUCGGUCUUCCGGUUGGAAAGGAGCUCGCGACUACGAGCAGCAGUACGGCCCACCACGACGAUGUUCGGCGGCAAAGGGUUGCAGACAAUGAGAUGCAGGCCACGUAAUCUGCAGGCGCGUCAUCGGAGAUGGCCCCUGCGACUCGGCCUCUUCCUAAUUUACGUCCUCGUGCACUACGUCGCCUCCGCGAACAUUACCUCGCCCGACACAACAACGAUGAUAUCUUUGACUUCCGUGCAGUAUGAAGAAGGCUGGUCAUCGGAGUCGGAAGCGGAAACAUCGACCGAGAAAAUAAAGACAUCGACGGCGGCAACGGCCAGACUAUUCGAGAAACUGAAGAAUACGGUCCAAUUGAUCCAAAGGAAAGCCUCAAAGGGCGAGUCGUCGAAGGGCAACCAGACCUCCACGCCGAAGCAAGACCAAACCAACAUUACAUUAAGCACAACGAUCGCUUCGAUUACGACCACAACCAGUUCGGUCGUAACUCUAAGACCUCGAAGACCGAAUUGUUCGGCGCCCGCUAUAGAACAAUUCCCGCGACCGUUGAUGGGUCCCAAAACUAGGAAAAGCGGCGGACUAAUACUACACAUUCUGGUUGCCAUUUAUACGUUCCUAGGUCUUGCUAUCGUGUGCGACGAUUACUUUGUCUCAAGUCUGGACAGAAUCUGCGAAGAAUUGAGACUGUCUCCUGAUGUCGCGGGAGCUACUUUUAUGGCAGCUGGUUCUUCCGCACCAGAAUUGGCAACGGUGAUUAUUGGCGUAUUCUUCGCCAAGGAUGAUAUCGGAGUAAGUGGCGUUAUUGGUAGCGCCGUUUUUAACAUAAUGUUCGUUAUAGCGAUCUGUGGAUUAUGCACUGCGACGGCCUUUAAGCUGAAUUGGUGGCCCCUUUGUCGAGAUUGUUUUUUCUACGCUGUUUCGAUCCUCGUGAUGCUCGGCACGAUUUAUAACGAGUAUAUAUCUUGGCCGGAGGCCCUGUUUAUGUUAAUCAUGUACGGAGUUUACUGCGUGGUGCUCGCAUUUAAUGUUAAAUUGGAACGUUGGGCGAAGUCAUAUAACAUACCAUUCUUGCCAAAGGACGACGAGCCUGCUGAAGAGAGCGCCCUAGUGAGUUACAGAUCUUUGCAAGAGGAUCGAUUAUCCUACACCGGUCCCAACUCGCCGACCACCGAACAAAUUAAGAAUCAGGAAGGAAAUGGUGUUCGAGAAACUACAACCGAGCAGCCGGCAGCACCGAGGCAGCCUGAAUAUUACAAGGCAAAGGAGCCCGAUCCCAAUGGAGUGUCACCUCUCGUGAAGCCGACGGACGGAAGCAAAUGGACUCUGUUCACUUGGGGCCUCGUGUAUCCCAUCCACUUUAUGUGUCGCGUGACGAUGCCGGAUUGUCGACAGGAGAAAUGGCGGAGCUGGUAUCCUUUCACCUUCUGUAUAUCGAUGAUUUGGAUCAGUUUCUACAGUUACCUAAUGGUGUGGAUGAUUACGAUCAUAGGAAGUACUCUGGGCAUUCCUGAUACUGUGCUGGGGCUGACCUUCGUUGCCGCCGGCGUGAGCGUACCGGAUGCUCUAUCCUCUUUAGCAGUUAUAAAGGAAGGUCUCGGUGACAUGGCAGUGAGCAAUGCCGUGGGCAGCAACGUCUUCGACAUCCUGGUGUGCCUCGGUCUCCCGUGGUUCAUACAAACCGCUAUGAUACAGCCCGGUUCGCACGUGAACGUCACCAGCAGAGGUUUGACGUACUCGACUUUUUCUCUGCUAUCGACGGUUAUAUUCCUGGUGCUAGCGACGCAUCUGAAUGGCUGGAAACUGGACCGUCGGUAUGGUAUCGUUCUGAUGAUCUGGUACUUGGUAUUCAUCAUGUUCGCGUCGCUCUAUGAGCUGAAUAUCUUCGGCGAGAUGAAUCCCGACGUAUGCACCAGCGAUUUUUAAUGCAAAUCUGCAAUUCUCGCUCGUUUCCUAUUUUUGCUUUGCUCAAAACGCUUAACAAUUGCCCGGAGCAAGGCGUCACCGUCUCGCUCGAUUGGAUCGUGAACAAUGACGCACGAUCGUCAUGAACGCUCCAGCGACUUUGUUCAAACAUUCCCUCCCCCUUCGUCCACACGAUGACAAGAACAGCGAGGGACGGAAGAGAGUUUAGGAGCUAGUUGCAUGUCGGAAGAAGUAUGACUUUAGCUCAUCGUCGAAUUGAAGCGGACGCACGAGGCUUUAGAUAAGAGCAACGAGCUUGUCGUUGAGCUUUCUUUCUUUCUUGGGCUGUUGUAGAGAAUUCAGACAAUACGUGCUCGUGCACACGUGAGUACACAGGCAUUGGAUCCUAUUGUCGCCGUCAAAUGUGACGAACGAGUAUUUUGCUUGCUUCCGUUCGAUCAUAAAUCCAAUCGAUGAAACGCGAAUUGCGAAGGUUUCUCUGAAUCGAGCAAAAGUACCGGGAAAGUUGCAAUUGUUUUUCGCUUUUAAGUAAUGUAAUUAAUUGAGACUUUCUCGAUUGGAAGUUCUCGGCCAGACAAUACGAUUAUUACUAUUAAAGUGUGGUUAUUAUAUAAUAUGAAUGUUGCACGUAUUGGCGGUAUCAGUUUGAUUAUUCGCUCAAAUCAGAAAUUAAAUCAGCAUCAAAUUCAUCGUUACGGAGCUCCAAACUUUCAAAUCUUAACUCUUAGCCACAGACUACGUUGCACGUCGCGCGAACCUUAUUCGAGGUGAUGGAAAACAUUGAUACAUUUUAUACGGCCAUAUUGUGCAAAUGCCUGAGUACCAUGAGAAGAAUGCGUCUUGACAAUUGAUAUUGUUUUAUAUUCCGUAACAAUAGAUUUUAAAAUUAGACAGUAGAAAAACGGCUUGUUAGAAUAGAACUUAGGAAUGUCAUGUCUGCGGCUAAAUGUUAAGAUUGUUAACGAUGCUACGCGAACAUUGAGAGAUUUAAGUUUGUUCAAGUUUCUAUAGAAGAAUAUUAUAAUUAUUAUAGAAAUGUAAAAUUUUAAUAUGCGAAAAAUCGAAUGCGCAUCAGCUUUUUUUGGAAUUGUCACAACAUUAAGCGCGAUCUUUAUAUUCUCGAUAAGAAUCCAUCGCGAGUUACAAUAUACUCGAAAUACUUAUAUUCUUUUAAAUGCAUUUUCGUGAAACAUAUCGUAACGCGCGUUACGCUGUGACGUGCGCGAUGAAGAAGGAUGUUUCUAUGUGCUCAGAAAUACGAAACAAUCUUUUAUUAAGGUAUAAUUCAUUGAAUUUUGAUUCUGUUGAAACGCUGCUGAGCGUUCGAACGGCCAGAGAAGAAACGAAAAUUUCGCGAGAUCAAAGGAGAUCGUUAGCGUGAGUGCGAGCGUGAAAUCAUCUUUCUCUGAAACUAUCUUUUUCCUAAAAAUAAAAUCACUUUGAAGUCUGCACGGAAAAUAAACGAAUGGAUUAAACCUUGUAUAACGGGAAACGUAGCUGGAAAUUCGCGCAGAACGGAGAAGCAAGCGAAAUUUCAUUCGUGACCAAAAAAACGAAUCACGUUGGUUGGGGGGGGGGGGAGAAGGAGUUGGUUUUUUAACGAAGAUGAAUGAGCGUUGGAAGAGACAAUAAUUAACGCAGCCUUAUCCGAUGAAAGUAUUUACAACCGACACUAUAUUACUGCGCGUUCCUUGAGACCGAUUUUUCGAUCACGGGAUCACAUACAAUCGAUAGAAAGUCAAUCAACGCUAGCGAGAGGAACAUCGAUGCUUCACGAUGCUCCGUACCUCCGCUUCCGGGAUCCUUUGAUCUUUCGAGCGCGAUGGAAUCGGUAUCGAUGAUGAGUUCAUCGCACGACGGAAUUUUCGCAGAAAAACCGUUGGAAAUUGCCAAUGGCAGCGGAAUGCCAUUUAACUUCGAUGAUGAACUUCACUGACCAAUCUAUCCUCAAUCCGCUUUUCUAUUCUAGAUGAUUAUUGGCAUCGAUUUAUACAUUAUAAAUUGCAAAUUGUGAAAUGUUGAGUUAAUGUCGAUAAUUUCUCUCUUUCAGAUCUUAUGAAACAAUUAGCAUCUUUCAAUCUUAUUCAAUUAUUAUUUCUUAUUUCAAUGCGAAAAGAAAAAUAUAUAAUAUCACAUUUAUAUAUAUAAAGAUUAGCGUUAAAUAUGUUGGAAAUGUCGACAUAAACUCGAGAAUGUUUAAUGAAAAAGUUCAAUGAUAGAACAAACGGGACUAAAUUAACAAGAAUGUUACGUAUAUUUGUUGUAAAUUUAUAAAUGUUUUUUCAUAUAUAAUUUGUUUUCUUAUAAUUUCUUGCGAAAAUAGUCCGUCGAUGCUCGUCUUACUAAAAAUGUUAACACACAUCUUUUUUUUUUAAAUCGGAACGGAUACGCGAUCCGUAAGAGAUCGCAAGGAUCGCGCAGACGCUUUAGUGUGUGAUUAAUAAAUAUUAUAUAAUAUAACAAUGCGACAGCUUUAGAAACCGUAUGACUAUUUGAACGUUCAACGUGUUUGUUCACUACGUUUAUCCGUUACUGUUAGCGCGUUAGAACGAUGCAGAUACGCAUAUGAAUAUUAUACAUCAUUGCGAUGCGUUCGCUGCUGAUGACGAAGUAACCGGGUGGACGAUUUCCAGUCGUCCUAUCUGAUUGAACAAUUGACCUGAGACCGAAAGUACAUUGUUAUUAUGCAAUCUCUCAGUAUCGAACGCAUCGACGCACGGCUUCCAGGAUUUUAGGAAGCGCCGUUCGACAGUGAGGCGCCUUAGACCUUCAUUGAGCGGACCAGUCUCGCUAUCGAUCCCACGGAUAUAUAUUGCGGCAUCAUUGACGUAAUUCGGGAAGAUACAUCGAACUUUGUAAACUUCUCAGAAGCAAAGGGAAAUCAGGGGGCCGCAUUUAAGGAAGAUCAGAAAUUCCGAUUUUGAUCUCUCAAAGAUAUUUCAUUGCGUCACGUUAGAUUUUUCAAGCAGUGAUGAUAAAAUUUUACGUGAAAAUAAUUGUUGUGCUAUUAAAGAGUUAGUUUAUCUUUCAGGAGAAAGAUUUAAGGAACAAGCUUCAAGUCCUGGUUUUAAAUCCGCCCCUUGCGAGAAGAAAGUCGCGCGACACAGCAGGUCCGCAUCUUAAGCAUCAACGAAUGGAACGUAAGACCUGUUAGGAGUUUGUCUGUCUAAUUUCCGGCAACCUUCUACCGUAGCUGAAUUUCUCUCCGGCUGAACGCCGUCGAUCGUUCGGGAACCGGUGUUAUUAGAGUCAAUUCAUCUGUGGCAAUUAUUAGUAGGAUUAAAGAAAAAAAAAGAAGAAGCGCGAGAAGAGGCGCGUCCUUCUUUCAGCUCAGUCGCGUGAGAACGUCGAUCAAUUCGAGGGUGUCCUUAAUAGCGUGUAAUCGAAGUCAAUAAUAGUCCUUUCUAGAUGUCUCUCAUAAUUGUGAUUCCGUAUAUAAAACUGCGCCCGUCCUUUGACGAUGUCCUGUUAUGUCCAACGGUUCCUGGAGGAUCGCAUGGGCAGACCGACGUAUCUACCCUACAUUUGCGUGCACGCGCGCAAUUUUAUUGGGUACUCUUGUAUAAAAUGUAACGGGCAGGAGAUAACGAUUAAUAAACAGUAAUGUUAUCGAUAUAACGCUAACGAUACGUAUAUAAAACGCGAGGUAGAAACAGGGCGUCGGUGUAGCGGAAGUCAGGCGUAAUCUUGUUGUUGACUGGUAUAAGUGUAGAUUUUAUAUCACGACAUUGUGUACUUAGAUCGUUACCGACAUUACCUGACUAAUUAAUUAAGUUUACGAGUUUACAGCCGUCUCCUCUACCUGCAGUAUUAUCCCAGUCUUCGUCGCGUAAGUUCGUCGAAUACGUUUGUGUACCUGUAAUCGCGAGGAGAGAACCCUGUAUUGUGACUUCUAUUUCGUUAUACACUUAUCAGAUCCCCGAUCUGCGAUCGCUUCUCUCGUCUCGAUUCCGCUGCAGUCUUCGUUGCAGUCCGUUGCAGUCACAGCUAGCAGUGGCAGCUGCGGAAAGUAUAUCGUAAAUAUAUAAUAUAACGAGUAUGCAGACACCUACAUAGAUAUGUAAGAUUUAAAACUGUAUACUUAGUAGCUUAAAGAAAGAAAGUAGAUGUACAACGAAUACAACGACAUCGGCUGCCACUGAUAAGUGACAUAUAACUACGCUACUUUGUAGUUUGUUCAUGCAACUUGUAACUGCUUCGUUCUCGUAAGUGAUAUUUUCAAGCUUUCUUCUUUAGUUUGGCGCGACAAAUAUUAUACCAUACAAGAGAGAAAUGUGUGUGCGUGUGUGGGGAUCUUUCCGACUUAUGUCUUUUUCCAUCGUUACUCGAGUUUCCAGAAGUGUAUCCUAACGCGUCAAUAUAUAUCUAGUCAUAGCUUAUUUAUUACGACGUUAUGUAAAUAAUUGUUCUACCAAUGUCGCAUAUAAAAAUAUUAUAUAUAUAUAUAUUUAUAGAUAUAUCUAAAUAUAUAUUAUAUAUAUAUACACAUUUCUUUCGGCAAAAAUAUAUACAUGUAUAUGUAUGUAUAUCGAGUAUACAUGCCUAGCAAAUGCAAAGAGCCUAAAGUACAUAUAUAUAUAUACAUAUAUAUUAUACAUAAUGAAAAUUCAGCACACCUUUCGCAAGGAGGACUCGUAUGUACCGAACGGAAACAAUUUAAUAUUACACAUACCUUGUUUAGCUUGAGAGCGGGAGAAAGUUAGAGACGAGUAGUUAUGUACUCCGAUGUAUUCGAAACGUUUCAACAAUAAAGCUAUUGCUACCAA